AUGUUGUCGGCUGAAAAAAAUUUGAAGACUGGUAAAAACGUUCGUGUUGCCGUUCGGAUAAGGCCGAUGAACGAUAACGAGAUUACCGAUAAAGCACGCUGUGCAGUAACUUCUAAUACACGCAAACGAACCGUUACUUUUUGUGACCGAGGAAUUAACAAAGAAUUUGGACCAUUUGAUAAAGUAUACGGACCGCAUGCCAGACAGCUAGAUAUUUACAUCGAUCUUGUCGAACCUCUUGUUAAAAAUGCGCUUGCUGGUUAUAACUGCACAUUGUUUGCUUAUGGACAAACGAGUACUGGAAAAACAUUUACUAUGGAAGGAGAGACAAGUGGAUCGCUUCACGAAUAUUCAUGGAAUGAAGAUUCUUCACUAGGCAUAGUGCCGCGGGCUUUACAUCACAUUUUCAAUGAAUUAGAAAAUGAGGCUCGUUGUAAUGAUGUAGAGGAAUUCUCUGUUCGUGUAUCUUAUGUUGAAUUAUAUAACGAAGAAUUAUAUGAUUUGCUCGGAAAUGCGGAACUUGGUCAUACAAGGUUACGAUUAUUUGAAGACUCUGUUCGAAAGGGUUCUGUGAUUGUAAGUGGUUUGGAGGAAGUACCAGUGACUGAUCGACAUGAAGUUUGUGAAUUGUUAAAGCGAGGUGCAGAGAAACGUCGCACUGCUGCUACUCAAAUGAAUCUCAAUUCAAGUCGUUCUCAUACUGUUUUUACGAUAACAGUUGUAAUCCGAGAAAAUACUGUAAGUGAAGAAGAAGUAAUUAAGCAAGGAAAACUAAGCUUGAUCGAUUUGGCUGGUUCUGAAAAUAUUGGUCGUUCUGGUUCUGUUGAUAAGAGAGCGCGAGAAGCAGGGAGCAUCAACCAAUCUUUAUUGACGUUGGGUCGAGUUAUUAUGGCUUUGACAACAGGGGCAAGUCAUGUCCCUUACAGAGAGAGUAAACUUACCAGAAUUCUUCAAGACUCAUUGGGCGGUAGAACUAUUACAACUAUAGUGGCGACAAUGUCGCCUGCUUCGACGAGCAUCGAGGAAUCCAUCAGCACAUUAGAAUAUGCUUCAAGUGCCAAAAAUAUCAAGAAUCAACCUGAAAUUAAUCAAAAGUUGACACAUCGGGCCUUACUUAAAGCAUACAAUGAAGAAAUGAAUCGUUUGAUGCGUGAUUUGCAAGCUGCUCGUGACAAAAACGGCUUUUUCAUCGACCGUCAGAAUUAUGACAACUUGAAUACUCAAAUUGCUCAGCAAAACCUGCAAAUUGAAUCCCUCUCCGAUGAGCUGCAGUCAGUCAUGGAACGAGUUCAGCUGCACAUGGAAGAUUCGGCAUUAAUGAGCAAACAUUAUGGUCGACUUUAUGAACGCUACAAACAUAUGGAAAAAAAAUAUAAGGAAUAUUCUAACGAAAAUGCCGCUGUUAAACUUGAGCUUGCGAAUUGCAAAUCAAAGCUGGAAAAUCAUAAGUUGGCACUGAAAAAACUUCAGGAGUCAGCUAUUCAAAGCCAAGCAGAGAACAAAGAGCUGCGUAAAAACUGCACAGAUCUAACAUGGAAGCUGAACAAAGCAUUUGACAAAAUCGAUGUUUUCCAAAAUGCAGCUUCUGAGAAUGAAAAUCACUAUAUAAGAUGUACUGCUGACAGUGCUGAAAACGCUAAUAAACUCAGGAAAGGUAUUCAAGAUUGGAAUAAUAAGCUGCAGUUCCAGUUACAACAAAUGACGGAACAAUGUGAACGAGCAAAAUUGGAUUUCGGGAAAGAAAUCGUCGUAUUUCAAGAUUGUGUAAAGUCACUUCGUUUUCAGCUGAAAACUCUUGUCGAUUUUACGGAUGGUGAUAAUUCUCUCAUCGUCAAUUUUUUGGACAAAGUUCACUUGUUCACAGUAGAUGCAGAGAAUUCGUACUUGAAAAUGCACGAGCAGUACAGCAGAUUUGCUGAUUUUAUUGCUCAUCAUACACAAAUAUUCCAACAGCUUGGAGAAGAUUUCUAUGCCGUGUCCGAUAAUUAUGUUAUUCGUACCAUAUCUUGUGCGGAAGAAAUGAAAAAUAAAAUUACUGAUAUCAUGGAAGCAUAUAUCAAAACCACAAAAGAAGAUGCACUAAAAACGUAUGAAGAGUUAGAGACCUUGAAAAACAGGCAGCAACGGGAAUGUAAAGAACAACAUACAUAUAUAAAGACAGUUGCUGAAGAAAUACUUUCAGAUAAGUCAGUUUGGGAGGCAUUAAGAGGAACAUUUUCUGCUAGAAUCGACGCACAGUCUGAACGUGUGAAGAAGACAUAUAAGGCAAUGGAAGUAGUGUGUAAUGAUCUUGAAAAGCAAGGGGAUGUGGUGUCAGCACUUUGUAAUGGAAUGGCAAGCUCAAGUAUCAGUGCUGCUAUGCAUCAAGUAUUAGCGGAUAUGUCGGCGUCAUUGUCGACAGAAGUGUCUAAUGCUCUAUCUCGUACAAAACAACUUGUUGAAAAUGAGGUUGUUCGUCCUCUUCGCACUGGUGAAACACCAAAACGUGAAGAGCCAAGAAUAUUACCGGAACCAGUUGAAAUACCAAGUGCCUCUGACCUAAUCAACGAAAAUGGAGAAGACGAAGUACCUCGAAGGCUUAGUCAGUACCGUUCUCGGGAUUCAAUUUUGGAAGCACCAUUUGCUGUUCUUUCUCCAGGAGCUCUCAAAGAUACAUUAAAGUGUGAUCUAGAUGAUAUAAAAGAAGUAUCUGAAAAUAGUGGCGAAUAUGAAACUGAACCUGUAGGAAAACGAAGUAUUCCAACUGUGAAUAUCACUAAAAGGCGCCGCGCAUUCCAAAAUAAAAGUGAUUAAAG